AUGACUGACGAAAAUUGUAUUCAAGAGUGGAAGAUAAAUUUUUAUGAUACGGUUAAAAAAUCAGCUCAUUACAAAGUAAUGUUACAAGAAGAGUAUGAACAAAUUUUGAAAGAUGUGCAGGAUGCAAAAUUAAAUGGUGCAAAGUGUAGUCGUCAGUAUAGGAGAUUAAAUAGAUAUGACAUUUUGGAAGUUGCAGGCGUGUGCAAAUUAAUAAAAAAGUGUAAUAAUGGUGAAGUGAAAUAUUUCGCACCAUUAGAAGAAGUCUUUGAAAUUUUGACAUUGGCACACAUGGGAACUGGUCAUGGAGGAAGAGACCGCAUGUUGAGUGAAACUUCAAAAAAAUAUGAAAAUAUAACUCGAGAAGUUGUUAGAAUUUUUUUAUCAAUGUGCGAGACAUGCCAUCAAAAAAAGGUCAAAAGAAAACGCGGACUAGUUUCAAAACCUAUACUUCACAAAGAGAUGAAUAGUCGGUGUCAAGUAGAUUUGAUUGACCUGCAGUCUCAAGCAGAUGGCAAUAAUAAAUUUAUAAUGGUUUAUCAAGACCACUUGACGAAAUUCGUUCUCCUUCGACCGCUAUCUUCAAAACGUGCAGAAGAGAUUGCAUACCAACUUCUGGAUAUCUUUCUCACCUUUGGAGCCCCUGUUAUUCUUCAGUCAGAUAACGGUCGUGAAUUUGUUAAUCACAUAAUUACCGAAUUAGCAUCUCUAUGGCCUGAAUUAAAAAUCGUCCAUGGAAAACCCAGACACAGUCAAAGUCAGGGAUCAGUGGAACGAGCAAAUCAGGACAUAGAAAAUAUGCUGGCAGUCUGGAUGAAGGAUAACAAAACAACGAAAUGGGCUGAAGGAUUGAAAUUCAUCCAAUUCUCAAAAAACAGAGCACUACAUUCGGGAAUAAAACAAGCACCCUACAAAGCCAUGUUCGGCUGUGACGCAAAAAUCGGACUUUCAACUUCGACAUUGCCCUGCGAAGUAAUAAAAAAUAUUUCAACCGAGGACUAUCUUCUCAACGUGCUGGAAAUUGAUGAACCGAGUACCGAAAAUAAUGAGGAGGAAUUAAAUUUAGAAAUAAACGCAACAGCAACUGCAAACUCAGAUUCAUCCGAAGACAACUCUAUUAAUAGUAGGCAUCAAGAAAUUAUUUGUGCAAGAAAACGAGCAUUUGAUGGAUUGGAAAAGCAGGCCAAAAAAUGA